UUCAAAAAAAAGAUAAGUACAAAUGCUUAUCAUUGACGCCGUCGGGUCUUAUGGUUGAAAUGUUGAAUACUUGAAUAAUUAUUGUAUGCAUUUAGUCGCAACUUGCAAAUUCACAAUUCAUCAAUAUAGUAUUUCUUCUUUUUCUUUUCGACUAAAAAUAUUUUAUCUCAUAUAAAAUAGUUCAAAAUGAGAUUAACGGAUGCACUCUUGUCUAAAUUACCAAGGGGUCAUAUUUUCAAAGGGAAACAUCGUCUAGUCAAACCUGUAACCGGAUUAGAUGUACAUAAAAAACUAAGAGAUCUUCAAAGAGAAGAGCAAAAUAUGUUUUACCUAAGGCACUCAUAUUUAACUACGGAAGAGUCAUAUGGUCAUUCAAAAGAACAGGGUCGCUUUGAAAAAUGGAUGAGGAAAUGGAAAGUGUUACAAGCAGAGAAAUUUGCAAAACACAAGCCAAUGGAAAAUCACUUAAGUCAUCUUAGGUCAACAGAUGGUUGGGAAAGUUAUUAAGAGCUUAAAAACCAAACUUUUAAUUAUUAGAUUGUUUAUAAUAUAGUUUGUAUGUUUACUUUACGUCUGUGAAUGUAUGAAAUAAAAUAAAACGUAAAAUAAAUUAA